AUGCAGAGCGAAAGUUUCAAGAAGGAGACAAAUACCUUGCAGAAUAUUACUCAAGCGAGUGACGCUAUUCGCCGCAAGCAUAAAAUGAUAAAACUGGGUAGAGAAACUACUGAGAAGGCUAUGAGUGAAGUGCUUAAACCAGUGAUAACACCUCUCGAGAAGUUGGUGGAUCAAACGAAGGAACGUUCACAUAAAACGAAAGGAGAGAAGAAGAUAUCUAGUACUUCUAUGCGGAUGCUGAAAACUGAGGGCUAUGAUUAUGGAGAUCCUUCUCAAUAUCACUCUCAAUAUGAUCCAUCUCAAUGUCGCUCUCAAUAUGAUCCUUCUCAAGAUCAAUCUCUGGAAGAGCCCUCAUUUGAUCCAGAUUGGGGAUAUACAAGCACUCCUGCGAGAAAGAUAUCACCAAUGACUCCAACUGAUCAUAUUUCAUCAACUAAACUGGAUUCUCCUAUAGACUCACAAAAACUUCUUCGAACGUAUUUGGACCGCUAUGAUACAGAUCGUGAGAAAAGCGAUUUGGAUACAGAAUUGGGUGUACGUUACUUCAAAAACGGUAUGAAGAUUGGUGAUUCUUCAGUCACUUUUCAUGGAGAUUCGAUGAACCUCAAGGGUGAGGACUAUCCUUUGACUCCUGGUUUAAUUGAAUUGAUCUUCAAGAAAUCACCUAACAUGAGCUUCAUAACCGAAACUGAUAAAAAUACCUACGGUAAUAUUAUCAAGAGUACAAAUGCACAUCGAAUGUACUAUAAACCUGACAGACCUUUUCGAACGGGUCACAGUAUGAAAUAUCGCAAUAUCAUUGAAAAUCUCAUCAAAUCGGAGAAAACUGGGACAGCCCUCCCUCAUGAUAUGAUUGCAUCAGUAAAACCUAGAAAAAUGGACUAUGUGUAUUGGGACGAUCCUAAUGAGUUAGUGGAUAGACUUCGACUGCUUAUGGCCUCACAGUCAGCUGGCAAUAUGAGUCACACCAAUGAAAUCAUGUCAAUAAUGGAGGAGUUACGUGAAGCUCGUAUUAUUAUUUAG